AUGACAACAACGGAACCUACGAGAAUGUUUGCAGCGGCUGAUGCAUUCCAACUCGACAACGACCUGGUUUUCCCCGGCAUCGGACGGACCUCGAUUUUGGAAGCCUCACCUACACCCACGGACAACGGUAUCGUCGACAUCGUGGACCAAGCGGAUAUCAGCGGCGAAACCUUGUCGGCCGGUUUCCGCCUACGGGCCCUGAUCGGAAGGACGCGACACGCCUUUGUCUACUCCGUCGACCCCCACCGAGCGGGUGGGAAAGCGUCGAUUUCAAGCCCGCGCCUACGUCCUCGACGGCAUCUCGUCAAAGACUCGACGCUUCCGGCUGAGGAAUCGAUCGUCUUCAGGACCGACGAGAUCCAUACACCGGGCGAUGCCAGCCCAAAAUCGCCGGGGCCAAAUGGAAAGACGCCAAAGUCCGAGGCCCAGCGGGAGAAGGCGAGGAUAAAACAGAAGCAACGGCGAUUGAAUGCCAGGCUUCGCGCUCUUCCCGAAGGGGAGAUUAGCAAGAAUGAUCAAGACCCUACAUUUGAUCAAGAACCUACGCAUCAUCAAGACCCUACGCAUGAUCACAACCCUACGCAGGAUCAAGACCCUCCAGUUGAUCAAGCGGUCAGAAGCGACCAAGAGACCGAGCCUGAUAGGCACGCCCUUGUGGAAGUCUUAGAAACCGAACCCCCAUCUACCGCCGGUGACCCUAGCAGCCGACCCGGUAAACACGACCUCGACACCGAUGGGCGAGAUGAUGAUGGUGACCAGGAGAAGCAGGAACUUCAAGAGAGUUCUACCGUUUCUGGGGUACAGCAGGCCAGCGAUACUAUGCCGACAUUUGAUGGGGUUGGCCACGCGGCGGAAAUAGCCGAUUCACAAGAGGCUUUGAACCAAAAGCCUAUUUUAUCGGACAAGGCGAGCGGCAACGGCUCAAUAGACCCAGCCAAAGGAAAAGCUUUGAUUGUGUGGGGCGUUAUGCACUGUCUCGACGUGAUUCAGGGCUGGGGGCACCACCUCAAGAUAUAA